AUGCUUGAUACGCCCCCGACAACAGCAGAGGAGACUGAUGAAAAUAUAGGAGGCAACUUAUUCCCUGAUGAUGAUAAUACUCCCAGGGUGGUCGCCUCACCUAGUCCUGCCGCUCGGCCUCCUAUGAAUGCUAGGGAGAGGAAGAAGGAGUGGUUUCAAUCUCUGUAUAGCAGUGUUAAAGCAACCCCUUGUCGGUACUAUGCUCAAGGGAGGUGUGCCAAGGGCGACGCCUGUUCAUACAGCCACGACGAGGUGGCUGCUGGCAAGCUCAGGAAGGCUCAUCGUGAUGCUAUGGCCAGUGUGCCGUGUAAAUUCUACAUAGUAUUGGGACGAGGGUGUAGGGAGGGAGAUGCCUGUCGGUACUCUCAUGAGGUGGCCAGCUUCCCAUGCGUACGAGAGUCUAUCAGUGGCCGUUGUGGGCAGAGCGGCCCUCCGCAGAGCAGCUGUCCGAUGCGGCACUUCCCAUUGGCGGUACGCCAGUCGGAGGUGUAUAAGACGUGGAUCAUGGAGCUGUACUCUCCCUUUAUAAAGGAGAGAAUGGAGGCGGGGGAUGACCGAGUGGCAUCACUAUGGGCGGGGUUUUACACGGACACAGUGUCCGAUCCGGCGACCCUGAAUCGCAAUUUCGAGCAGAUCAACACGUACAUUGCUCAAAGGGUUGGAGCUAAUACGGCAGGACAUCGAUGGGGGCACUGA